UUCCCCGUUCGUGUUUGGGUUAGUAGUCAAAGUAUUUGAUAGUGCAACCCAACCUAACUAACGAUUAACCAACCUGCAUCACGCACGUCUCUCUCUCUCUCUCGCCAUGGCUAUGGCUAUGCAAAGCGGAAUCGGAGUCUCCAAGAUCCUCAUCAUAGCAGGAGCAGGUUACACCGGCACCGUCCUCAUCAAAAACGGAAAACUCUCGGAUUUAAUCGGCGAGCUUCAGUUGCUGGUGAAGGGAUUGGAAAAAUCUGGGGAGCAUGCUGAAGGUGAAGGUGAAUAUGCUGAUGCCAUAGCUGCUCAGGUGCGUCGCCUGGCGAAUGAAGUUCGGCAGCUAGCAUCAAACAGGCCAAUCACAGUACUGAAUGGGGGUUCUGAACAAAGUAAUUUAUCAUCCCUUGUCGUUCCAGCUGCUGCCUUGGGCGCUCUGGGUUAUGGCUACAUGUGGUGGAAGGGAAUUUCAUUCUCAGAUCUUAUGUAUGUGACUAGACGGAAUAUGGAAAAAGCUGUUGCAGAUUUAACCAAAAAGUUGCAGCAUGCCUCAGAUGUCAUUGCUGAUACCAAGAAGCAUUUGACCCAGAGAAUUCAGAAUUUGAAUGACAAAAUGCUCAAGCUGAAUGAGUUGCAAAGGUCAACUAAGGAUGAAGUUGCUGGAGUUAGAAGUACUAUUACUAAUAUCCAUGAAGACUUGGGUUAUUUGCAACAAACAGUGGAAACAUUGGAUUAUAGGUUAGCUGAAUUGAGUUCUAAGCAGGAUUAUGCAAAUUAUGGAUUGUCAUAUCUCAUCGACUAUGUACACGGAAAAAGCCAGAAAAAGCCCGAAUUGUUGCAGGAGCAACUGAAACUUUCAGGGAAGUCCCCUAAUUUGAUCACAUAUAAAGGAACUCCAAAUCUAAUGGGUCUUAAAGACAUUGCAGAAACAUUGUCUGGUUUAGACAUGUCUGCUUCAGAUAGUGUCAUGCCAGAUGGCGGGGAUAAACGAGAGCAACAGCGAAGGCCAUUGUUGAGGAAGGGCAUUGCAAAAACAUUGUCCAGUUUAGACAAAUUUGCUUCAGAUGGUAUCAUGCUAGAUGGUGUGGAUAAACUAGAGCAACAGUGAAGGCCAUUGUUGAGGACUAGUUCAACCAACCGUUGAUGACAAGGUCUUAAAUCAUGAUUACCAACCUUUUAAGCGUUCGUUCCUCGUUUUUUUAGCAGUAACUUUCAGUUCACUUGUUCAUAAAUCAAAAUAUACUUGUGACAGCUAUUGUGAUUUUCACACUAAAUUUUAUCCUACAUAGUAUAUUAAUAGAUUGGAUACAUUAUAUAUUCAAGCUUGUGAAUUGUGAUUCUAAAUUGUAAAUAAAAUUUUGCUGUCAAGGUGUAUGUUGGUUUGGUGCUACCAGCUUAUGCCCGAUGCUUUUGGUUUGCUA